AAAGAAGUCACUGAUUUGGUUAACAACAUAAUUUCUCACACAAGUUUUGUCCUUGUUUAGAAAGCUGUGCCAAAACAAUCGGUUGUUUCUUCCUUGCCAUCAGCUGUUUCAUUUGAAGUAGCUGUUUUCUUUUCUAAUAGUUUCAUCUGCCUGGCUGAGAUGUGUUAUUUAAUCAUCUGCUUCACUGUUAAGUUGGAUGCUUUUUUCUAAACGUCUGGUGGUCGAAUAAGAAUUAGCCACGCUCUUCAGGGAUGCCAAGACACACGCUUUUAUGUCCUGUCUCACGCUAGCAUGAAACGAAUUCCAUUUACCUCAAUGCACCUCACUCCAAAAAAAAUACACUUGUGUUGGUCAAGCUCACCGAUUCUCACGACAAGUCAGCAUCGGCAACUGGUAACAAUUUAGUCAGUACUACCUCUUGACAACAUCUAUUGUUCAUUGUUUUUGAGGCAGAUUAGUGCAAGGCUGAAUUCUUAACGGUGUGAUUCCAAUGAAGGUACGUAGCUAUUUGUAACUCCUGCAGACUCCCAAGAGAAGAUACACUGCAACACAAACUGCAGUCUGUCCAAACCCACCCAAAUCAUGCACAUGGACCUAGAAGUAAUGGCUCGACCGCUUCAGAUCACGUGGCCGACACGUCACUUUUGAACCAAUGGUGUUCAACUGGAGGCCAAAAUUGUCCAUAGAUUACAAAACACGGGAGUCUGAAGUCGAAUAUUGUUGCGGAAGUUAACGGCAUGGAGGCAUAGGGUGGAAGUUGAAACAUAUAGCUAAUGUAGUUUUUGGAUAUAAAUGCAUCUCCACCAUGACAUCUGUUUUUCAAAAACUUUCUGCAGCUGGGUUUUAUGGAUUAAGCUCGUUUCUUAUUGUUGUCGUGAACAAAAGCGUUCUGACAUAUUACAGAUUCCCCUCGUCGCUAUGUGUGGGAAUUGGACAGAUGCUGGCCACUAUUAUUGUGUUGUGGAUGGGAAAGACUCUCAAAGUAAUACGUUUUCCUGACUUUGAUAAAAGCAUACCAGGCAAGACAUUUCCUCUACCACUCCUUUAUGUUGGUAAUCAAAUAACAGGACUGUUUGGGACAAAACAACUGAAUCUUCCAAUGUUCACAGUACUCAGAAGAUUCUCAAUUCUAUUUACUAUGCUGGCAGAGGGAAUUCUGCUUAAAAAGACAUUUUCUCAGCCUAUUCAGUUUACAGUAUUUGCCAUGAUUUUUGGAGCUUUAGUUGCUGCGAGCUCUGACUUGGCCUUUGACCUACAAGGCUACGCAUUUAUAUCAGUCAACAAUGUAUUGACCGCAGCUAAUGGGGCAUAUAUGAAGCAAAAGCUUGACUCCAGGGAACUGGGCAAGUAUGGGCUACUAUAUUACAAUGCCCUGUUCAUGAUAAUUCCCACUACUGUUUUUGCAUUUUUAACUGGGGACAUGCAAAAGGCACUGGACUAUGAAGGCUGGUCAGAUAUUCUCUUCAUUAUUCAGUUUACGCUGACAUCUGUUAUGGGGUUCAUUUUAAUGUAUUCCAUUGUGCUCUGUACACAAUACAAUUCUGCACUGACAACCACUAUUGUGGGCUGCAUCAAAAAUAUUUUGGUUACAUACAUUGGGAUGUCCUUUGGUGGAGAUUACAUCUUUACAUGGGUGAACUUCAUUGGAUUAAAUAUUAGUAUUGCUGGCAGUUUAGUGUACUCCUACAUCACCUUCACAAAGGAACAAGAACAGAAAAAAAAAUCUUAAGAAGAUUCUCCAGUGUGGUUACAGUUGGAAUAACUGAGUGUCCAUCAUCAUGAAGAGCAAGACAAACAUUUAGAAGAAAAUUGCUGAGGCAUUUGAUUUAUGUUUUACAACUUAAUUCACAGAUCAGGGAUGAAGGGUUGAGUUUAUUUUUGUACACUUUUUAUGUCACCACAAUUCAUGUUUUUUCUUCAACAUUUAAAUGAUUUUAGUUUUGUGUAUAAGUGGACUUAUAAUGAUAUAAUAUUACAUUCCUUGAAUUUUUACAAAACAUUCUAAAGAUGUAUAGCUAAUUGGGCUAACAUACUGCAAGAAGUUAUAGUUCCUCAACCUAAACAUGAUUCAAAUGGUUAAAAUGACAUUGAAGACAGAGCUGUAAUUUCUAUUGAUUAAUUGGUAGAUGUGUGAUUAUCCAAAUACAUUUUUGAUACAUGUGUUCUUUUCCUUUGAAUAUAUGUAAGAAUUAUGUGUACUUGGAACCCGAAGAUGCUUUUCAGGAAGAGCGACAUUACACUUGAAAAAGAUUAAUCGGUACUUGAGGAAUAUUAUCCAGGAUUGCAGGUGAAUAUUUUCACAAUAGCAAAACACUGGUUACAACUGACCUAAAGCUACGGAUUCUUUCAACAAUGUGAAGAGUCGUGACAUGCAUUUUCUGUGUUUCCAAAAUAUAUUCUCUAACCUCUGAACAUUUGAGGGAGGGGAAAACAUUUUGUACCAUUUACUAACAAUGCACAGAUUCAAACUGA